AUGUAUAUUCUGAUAAUAUCAUCAAAUGGACAACUAGAACUUUGUAUACAAAGUAUUUUAAUAAUAUCGUGGUAUACAUAUGUUUUUUCCGACGUAGUCGAAAUGAUAAAUAUGAAUCAGAUGCAUAGCUGUGGUGAUGUUGGGUAAAAAGUGAUGGAAAGUGGGAGAAGGUAAUGAAGAGCGAUUUGUUAGGAAAGGGGGAAGGUUAGAGAUUAGAACAGAGCGAUGAGAUCAAUGAAAAACUCUAUUUGAACUCUCUAUAAAAUUUUCUAUGAAUAAUAGAAAAUCUUGCACAAUCUUAGAAUACGAUUAUACAAGAAUCGUACCUUAAGAUUAGAAUUUAAUCUGUAAAUGGAGAGAAAACAACCCAAUACGGUGCGUAUUUCUGCGCCAGAAAGUACGGAUUAUACGGACCGAGAUCGGCCCGAAUCUAUCCGGUAUACUACACUGUAAAAAAAAAGGUACUUUCUGGAACCUCAAAAAAAAGGUUCGGUAGAUGACAAAAAGUUUGCAAAUGUGUUGAAAGUUUCAAAAAAACGAAUAAAAAAAACCCGGAACCUUUAAAGGAUUUUACCGUGUACCCAAGUGAAGAUCCUUUUUUCUUCGAAACCUUUUUAAGUUCCGU